AUGACACAGAAAACCUUAAUCUGUAUUAGAUGGUAUACUUUCCUGGUUAUAUUUGGAUAUGUAUCAGCUCAAGAUAGUGAUAAUUGCCCCAGAAAACCAGAUAUGAUUGGUGAAGGACGAACAUGUAAGAAAGCAUGUACUACAAAUGCAAGUUGCUCUGAAAAUAGGGAAUGUCUGUGUGAUGAUGUCUGUGGAUUCAGCUGUGUUAAUCCAACUGCAAUUUGUUUCCAAUUGGAAUCUCUUGAAAAUGGACAAAUUACUGUUCCAGAAAACCCUGUAUUUGGUAAUGAAGCAAUAUACACAUGUAAUGCUGGAUAUAGGUUUUCCCAACCAGGAGAGUCUAUCAGACUUUGUCAAGGAGAUAGGGAAUGGAGUGGAACAGCACCUAUGUGUGUUAUUGAUGUGUCAUGUGGACCCCCACCUGAUGUAGUAAACUCUCUUCAUGAUGGUGAAAAGGAUUCUUACAAUGUUGGUGAUAGAGUUAUUUAUAACUGCAAUAGUGGCUAUUAUAGACGUGGUUUAGCAAUCAUUCAAUGUAGAAGUAAUGGAAUUUGGUCGAAUACAGCAUUUGAAUGUGUUGCUCGAAGCUGUGGUAGUCCUGGGAGUAUCAGAAAUGGAAGGACUAUUGGUAAUUUAUUUACAUUUCCAAAUCGUGUUUAUUAUGAAUGUAAUGAGGGCUAUAACUUGAUUGGUCGAUCCUACCAGGCUUGUCAGACUAAUAUGGAAUGGAGUGGAUAUCAACCAGAGUGUAGACCUGUAAGCUGCCCUCGUUUGUUACCACCUGAUGAUGGCACAAUGAUUGGAUCCACAUUUACUUAUGAUGAAGUGGUAAUCUUCCGCUGCAACAUAGGUUAUAAGUUACAUGGUUCAAGCCAGCAGCGGUGUCAAGCAAAUGGUGAAUGGACAGGAGAACAUGUAUCUUGCAGAGUUAUCAACUGUGGACCACCUGAACCAAUAUAUAAUGGUAACCGGGACAGAAAUUUCUUUGGUUUAGAUUCAGUUAUUUUUUUCGAAUGCAAUGAUAAUUAUCUACUUGAAGGUAGCAGGUCAACCAGAUGCCUUGAAAAUGAGACAUGGUCAACUCCAACACCAAAAUGCUGGGCUCAAUGUGUAGUUAAUAAUCCACCAAGGAAUACAUACAUUACCAACCGUAAUGUUCGUAUCGGUUACCGUGUAAACCAUGGAACACAUCUCAACUAUGAAUGUACUGAUGAAAAUAGAUAUGUACUAAACCAUACACAAGAUGCGGAAUGUUUCAAUGGCUCAUGGAACAUGAUUCCAACAUGUGUUGCAAAACCAUGCCAACCAUUGUCAGAUAGUGAUCCACAUGUUUCUAUACAACAAGAAAUAAUAGAUGGCAAGGUACCUCAUAACAAAUAUGCAGUUUAUUCAUGCUCACGUGGUUAUAGACUGGAGAAUGAAUAUCAAAGAAGAUGUCAGUUUGGCACUUGGAGUAGAAACACACCUUCCUGUAUUGCAAAGCUAUGUCCAAGGGAUGGUGUUAUAGUCAAUGGUAAUAUCAAGUAUCUUAUUAAUAACCAUGAAUAUAGUAAUCCUAUUCAUAGUCGUCUAGUUCAAGACACACAACGAUUAUAUGAAUGCGAUAACGGGUAUACAUUGAGCAAUUAUGAUGUACGUGUACCUGAUUUAUGUGAUAAUGAGGAGUGGAGAUUAUCUGACAAUAUGCCAUAUUGUAGUCCAGCAAAUGAGAGCAUACAGAUGAAUUCUACUGUUAUAUCGGCCGAAGAAUUCAGAGUAAAUAUUGAGUCAGUUUUCAUCCGUGAGCCACAAGAAAACAUCUUCGUCACUGGUGGAGGGCACUCUCUACUUGUUUUUGUUUCUUUAUCAACGAAGGAUUCCUUUAACACAAUACUUGAUAGUCUGCAACCUUGGUCCUUAUUUACCUCCAUUCUGAAUCGUCAUGGUAAUAUCAGUAAAGAUGUUGGUGAAGUAACCUUGUUCCCUGUUGCUAGUGACUUUGCUAAUGUUCAAAUUAUUGAUUCAACCUAUACUACAGUGGAUGUUCCUAUGAUAAUAGAUCUUUCUAAUGUUUCAUGCCAAGAUUUUAAUAGUCUUUGUGUAAGAGUUGAACCAAGUUUCAUGAUUAACAAAAAGGAAAUAACACAUUUAGAAGACGUUAACAGUGAAAAAUAUCCAUGUAGUAGGGUUCCCAAUUUUGAAUAUCUGUACCGAAACAAUAUUGAUUAUUCUGAUGAAACAAGUCGUUGGAGUUAUCGCCAUGGUAGCACUGCAACAGUUACUUGUAGUGAUAACAAUAGAAUGUUACUUCAUGGGGGAAUAUUCACUUGUACUGCUGGAACUUGGCUCCCAGAUGAAGACUUGUGUGUUGAGGCUUCGUGCACACUUCCAUUGUCACUUCCAGCACAUGUAGUGUAUCUACAGGGACAUGCAGGUCAAGAAAUUCAGUCAGGACACUCUUUUAGAUUGACAUGUGAAUCAGAAAACUACAACCUUGAGGGAAGUGGUACUGUAUACUGCCAAAAUGGUGAAUUGGAUGAAAUACCUGUGUGCAGUGCAGUAUCUCAAGAACUGAAUACUCUUAGAUAUGCACAGAUCUGA